AUGUCGCCGUACGCAGAAUGCGACUCGUUAAGUCGCUUCGGACGCGAAUUUAAGAGACAGCUUCUAAAUAUUGCGGCGUGCGCAUGCGUCCGGAGAUCCGUAUCGCGGGCACAAUACCGUCCGCGUCACGACGGAUUGGCCGGUGGUGUUGGGCGGUGCUGGCCAUAUACGACUCUUCGUGAUGCACAUAUUAAGUUAGGCUCUACAUGGGAUGGGAUCGGAUACCGCAGGACUUACGAGAUAGGCACCGAUGACUUCGCGAUCGCCAUUAUUGAGUUCAUUCGUCCAAAGGCGUCAGAUCAGGAAUUCUUGUCGUGUGUCGAUUUAUUUCCAGCCUUCAACAUCGGAUUAGCAUUAAUUGGAACGAUCCGAGAUUUCACCUCCUAUAAAUGGCGCGAAGGUUUAUGGUAUCGAGAGGUACGCUGUAUACGUCAAGUGCGCCCGCGCAGCCUUGUAAUUGGUCGGGCGCAGGUGACAUUUACACGCAAACAAGAUGGCCGUCGAUGCGAUAUGCGAUUGACAAAUCAGCUCGUUAUAGUUGAACCCAAUAUUGGCAUACAUCCAGGGUCUAUCUGA